AUGAAUUCCUCGGCCUUUUCUUUUCUUUCAGAUUUUGUUCUUGUUUUGUUGCUCUUCAUUCACGUUCCUUCAUCCUCGAGCAACGAUGACCUGUUCACUGCCUGUAGUAAAAAGUUUGAAUGUGGGGAUAUCUCCGCGGAUUUUCCAUUCUGGGGAAAUGAUAGACCACGUGCCUGUGGCGUUCCUGAAUUGGAGCUCAGGUGUGAGGAUAAUAUCGCCAAGAUGAAUAUCAGUCAGGUUGCAUAUCGUGUUUUUGAAAUCUAUCAGCAUGAUGGAAUUCUCAGGAUUGCAAGAGAUCAGGACUACUUUGUUGGAUUGUGUUCACCUCAAUUUAUGAACAGCACGUUCAAUCCUAAGGUUUUCGAGUAUGUUGAAGGUUACAAAAAUCUUACAUUCUUCUAUGGUUGCAAGGAUGCUCCUACAACCAUACCUUUCACUUGCAAAAUAAAUGAGGUUAAUGAUCAAAGUGUUUAUAUCCAAGUAGGAGAUACUGGUCCUCGGGAAUGCAAUCGUAGUGUCAUAGUGCCAGUUUCUACAACAAAUUGGCCACCGCCACAAAUCCGGAAUAUGCAAGCUUGGGAAGAAUACCUGAAAAAAGGAUUUGAGGUAAGACUGAAGGUCGAUUGGAAGGCGUGUUUGGAAUGCUUCAACUCUUCCGGAGCUUGUGGUAUUGACAAAGUAAAUCAAACAACUUGUUACUGUCCAAAUCAAUCAAGAGGAUCAAAAACAUGUACUAUUCCAUCUCGAGACUUGGACAGAAGUAAAAAUCAAUAUGAUGAUGAUGAUGAUCUCUUAGAGAACCCACUUGAAUAG